AUGUCUGCCCCUCGCUUGUUCCGCCGUCCCGCGAUUUUCUUCAUACCAUGUACUGCUACGCUCUCUAUCCCUCGCCAAAGACUCCUCUCGCAAUGCCGAUCUCGUCUUCAGCAGAAUUCCGGACGUGAUAUAGAAGACCGCCUACAAGCUGCGCGACCACUCGUCUCUCACAAUGCUGCGCGCAGGUUCACACAAGCAGGCAGUAGUCGCAAUUCACGUAUCACAGUCAUCGCGACUGUCGUCGCAGCCAUUGGCUUUUACUUUUACAAUUCUCAGACGGUGCCUGUGACGGGUCGACGACGGUUCAACUUUCUUUCCGACUCCAUGGUUGCUCGCGCGCAUUCGAAAGCAGCUGCGCAGAUCAUUGAGCAGGUCAGAGCGCAGGGUGGGCAUUUCUUGUCCGAUUGGGAUCCCAGGACGAUUUUGGUUAAGAGGGUUAUGAAGAGGCUGAUUCCUGUGAGCGGUAUGACGGAUCUCAAUUGGGAGAUUUUCGUGAUAGCCGAUAGUCGUACAGCUAAUGCCUUUGUCCUUCCGGGAGGUAAGGUGUUUGUGCAUAGUGGCAUCAUCAACGUCUGCCGAAGUGAAGAUGCGCUUGCUGCGGUGCUGGGCCAUGAAAUAGCACACAACACAGCAUCGCAUGCUUCAGAACGCCUUUCAGCUGCAUGGGUUGGAAACUUGACAGCGGGAAGUCUGUUCUUUCUUGCUGGAGCACUUCCUGGGCUUGCGCUGUUUGGACUCUGGAACGUUGUAGGAGGGUACUACUUGCAAGAUCUGCUCUUCUACCUUCCCAUGGGACGCAAGCAGGAGAGCGAGGCUGACUACAUCGGGCUGAUGAUGAUGGCCGAAGCAUGCUAUGAUCCCAGGGCAGCUCUGGGCUUUUGGCAACGUAUGGAUGCCCUUCAACACGCUAGCGGACAAGAGGCGCCAGAGAUGCUGAGUACUCAUCCAUCUAAUGAGAACCGCAUCACAAAGAUUAGCGAGUGGCUGCCACAGGCCCUUGAGAAGCGGGCAGAGAGCGAUUGCCGAGGAACAGCAGCAUUUGCGGAUCGUUUCCGUGAAGCGAUUCGAAGACGAUCUGCUACAGUUGUGGUAUAA